CAACGCGAUUUUAAAAAACUUUUGCAAAGGCCAAAGUGUACAAACCGUAGUCCACUCUGUUCAUAACAUAUUGUAGUUUUGCGAAAAGAAAACAGUAUUGAAUGUCGGCCAAAAUCCAUCUCGUUCCAUCUUCUCCCACUGCGCGCCAGUGUGUUUCCCCUAAGCGGAAACGCCAAGCGGAUGCUUCACGUUUAUACAUCCAGUAAAAUAUCUGUCUCAUUGUUCUAUCUGACAGCUCCGUCUCUUUAAAUAUAGCAUCUGUCAGGAUGAGACCACCUUACAUAAUUUCAAGCCAAUAGGCAGCCUCGCUAAACUCUCCUCCUCUUCCUGAUAUCUGUGCAGAGGGAGGCUGCUGAGGACGAAGGCUGCUGCUGGGGCAGUGGGUCUAGGGGGCAUGCUCUGAUCACAUCAGUAUCAAGGAUAUUGGUGCAUGUAACAUGGAAAUACUGCAGGAGGCGGACUGAUUCUCAACAACAGACACACUAUGACUUCUCCUCAUUAGACUGUAUGAGGAAUGAUAAAGAGUGUAUGUGAGUGGGAUACAAAACUAACCCCAUGUCACAAUGAUAGACAAUGGUUCGUAUCAUCAUGCUUGAAAACAAAGACUUUAACCUUCAAGUGGAGGAGGAUAACCCCCCAGUGAGCCGACUAACUGCUGCCAGAGAUGAGUCUCACUGCUGAUAGGACCAGGGAGAAAAGCUCGGUACACUCUUGUGUGGCUGCUAGGCCCGUCUGGAUCUCCACAGUGCAGAGCCAGGACAGCCAUGGCCAAGAGAGACUACCUGGUGGAGGCAGCCAAGCAGAUCCGAAUGGCUCUGGACAGGGAGUGGACCCUAACAAGGAGCGCCGGGAGGCAGUGAAGAGGAAGACUACUCAGUAUCUGAAGAGGGCAGAGGAAAUCUUUAUCUCCCACCUGCAGGACAACCUGGGGAAGGGGAACUCUCACUUAGGGGGUUACAGUAGUCUGAGAUUCCGGCCAAUCAGACACCUGAGCUGCCCAGUGGAGGAUCUGGAGAUGUGUAAAGUGGUGGGGAUCAUCGAUAAGGUUCUGAUUGUCCAAAGCCUGAUUACAAAGGAGAAAUGUGUUGUUAAAAGCCUGCCCAAGUCGAGCUGGGAGAGCCGGGACCAGCCCACUAUCAUCCCCCAGGGCGUCCCCUAUAUGGUGAAGCUGCUGAGGUACUAUGUCAGUGAGGAUGCUGUGUACCUGCAUCUGGAGCAUGUUCAAGGUGGGAAGCUUUUCUCCAAACUGUCCAAGGUGAGGAACGACCGAGCCAAGGAGCACCCAGAAUGCUACAUUCCCAGCCAGCACAGGAUCAAACUGAAGAACAGCUACACCUCCCCUACCAUCAGCUCAGACUACCAGCAGAAUGACAGAGGGGACACAGGGGCAACCCCUCUCCUGGAGAGGGAGAACGAGGAGAGCCCAGACACAGACUCCCCUGCAUCUUGGCAUGAGGCUCAGCAUCGUCUGGAAGGCUGUAGGACCCACUCCUACUGCGAGGAGACAGGCUGCCUGCAGAACAACUCUAGGUCUACAGAGCUACAGUCCUCUUUAUCUGGGCCAAUGAGGACAGACAUCAGUCCCCAUAUCCAUCUAGCAUGCCACAGUCAGUGUUUGCACUCUGAAUCUCAGGACAAGCCUGCUCUUCCUAGUCAUCUGUGCAUCAAUCAGGUUCCUGAUGUCACCUCUGAGCCUUCUGGGAAGGCCACUGGAACAGAAAAAAUUGAAUCCAGUUUGGAUUUUGACGUGGUGUGGAAGGCUGCUGAUCUGACACAGAAUUGUGAGAGUGACUCCGAUAUAGCUGCAGGUAAACAUGUACUUCAAACAACUCAGACCUCUUCUGGUGGGACAGGGUCAACAGUGAACUUGAAGAAUCAUUCUAUCAGUUUGUAUUCACAGAAAAGUUAUGUUCCCCUCCAUAAUCAAAGCCAGGCUAGUGAGAUGGCAACUUUGACCUCCUAUGGCUCUCACCAAGGCAGUGUUUCAGGUGGAGACCUUGAGAACACUCUGGGUGUAGAGCUAUCCACACACCAGGAGAGAGGGCAGGAAGAACAGGUAAACCGUCACACUACUGAAAAGAGCAUUGUGAACUUAGUAAGCAGGGACACAGAGACUUCCCAGCCUGGCAAAGCUGUGUGUCCCUCUACAGUAGACGAGCUGAAGGUCAUGAGGACAUCCUCAGGGAUCUCUCACCCCCCUUCCCUGCCUCACUGUCUCAGUGCUGGGACACAGCAGGGGAACCAGGCAGGCAUCUCCCUGGCCCUCACAGGGGAAAAGUAUCAUGUGGGGCCUCCUUGCAGAGAGCCAGGGGAGGAGGUGGAGGAGGGCUGGGAGCUGAGCCCUUUGAGUAAGGACAUCCCCCAAGGGAAAGGAUCACUGUGUGACCCCAACACCACUGGCCCCACAGGGGCCUCCCCACAGUGUCGGAAGGAGGACAUGAAUGCUUUCCUGAAGUCAAAUGGAUCAGAUGGACAGGGUCAGGAUCAGAUCAUUGAGGUAGAAGGCUGGUGCCACCAGCCCAAGUUCCCAGCCAAGGCCUCCAGAGGGAGAGAUGGGGUCAGGCAGGGCUGUUGGGGGCUGCCUGAGGCAGAGGUGUGUCUGUUGGGAGCUCAGAUCCUCCUGGCCCUGGAGAGUCUUCACCAGCAAGGUGUCAUGUGCCGUGACCUCAACCCAAAGAACAUCCUGCUUACCAGCAUCGGAAAGGUCUGCCUGACAUUCUUUGGCCAGUGGAGUGAAGUUCAGUCAGAAACCAACUCUGAAGCUAUGGACCAGAUGUACUGUGCCCCAGAGAUUGGAGGUGUGUCCAAAAUAACAGAGGCUUGUGAUUGGUGGAGUCUGGGGGCAUUGCUAUUUGAACUUCUUACAGGAAUGCCCCUGUGGCAGUUCCACCCAGCCGGGGUACAUUCUCACACCCAGCUUCUGAUCCCAGACCAGCUGAGUACUGCAGCUGCCUCCCUGCUCACUGAGCUUCUGCAGUUUGACGCUGGUUAUCGUUUGGGCUCUGGAGGCGGUGGAGUGAGUGACAUCAAGUGUCACCCCUUCUUCAAGGGUGUCUCCUGGAAGGCACUGAGCAGUUAGGUCAACAGACUGUCUGCAGCCAAGUGAAGUUGGGCAGCCACUGCCCCCUUGUGGCUAAAAUAAUUGAAACCCCAGGAGCUACUUCCUGAGCAUCUUGUUCUUCCCAAAGAAUGAGAAUUAGAAGGGUAAUUCAGAGCAAUAUGCACACAGCCAACAUGUCAGCCCUGCAACAACCAAACUCCUGCCUGCAGUGUUCUCUUUGUAACAACCAUGUUUGAAUAAUAGAGGCUAGUGUAAACAUAGUAGGGCAAAAUGUACUCCUGGGUGACUUUUGGGGUAUUUCUGUUGUACAAAUGACAUGCAAUGCUACUGUUCACAUCCAUGCAUAGCAUCACCAAGUAUGGAAACGGAUGUUUUUCAUUGUCAAACACUUACUACACAAAUACUUUUUGGUCAGCCAAUGGCUGUGAUAAACAGCGUUGACAAUAAGGUUAGUAAAAUGAAGCAAUGCAUC